AUGUACUCCCACGAGCAAUUACCGAACAAAUCGGUCUCAUACUAUUUAUCAUUGCCUUCCUAUUGGAUGGAUAGGUUUUUUAGAGCAAUUUUUUAUUGGAUCGGGUACAUCACAGCGAGUGCUCCAAUUUUGUUCAUUGUGGCUGCCGUACUUUUUACAGGAGGAAUUGGUGUCGGUAUUAUGAAAAUUCAAUUGAUUACCGAUCCUCAAAGCUUGUGGGUCCCUCCCGACAGCGACACCGUUAAGCAAAAAAAUUAUUUUGAUGACCAAUUUACCCCAUUCUUUAGAAUUGAACAAUUGAUUUUUCUACCAAAAAACAAAUCUGUGACAAAUGCAAUCAACAAGGAAAUGUUCGAGGAUGUUUAUCAAAUUCAAAAAGAAAUAUUAGAAAUUCAGAUUUGGGACACUUCAAACCAUUCGUUACCACCAAUCACAUUGGAUGAUUUAUGUUACAAGCCUAUACCCUCUAAAGGUUGUAUGAUUCAGAGUCCAAUGCAAUUUUUCCAAAUGAAACGUCAAAAUUUAGAAAGAUCCAUGGACGUUACAAAAUCUAUUUUCAUGUGUGUCCAAAGAUUGAGCUUGCAAUCUUUUUGCAUGUCUGACAUUGGCAUUCCGGUUUAUGAUAAACAAGUUUUUGGAAAAGCAGCGUAUAACACCACCACUCAAACAGCAAGUGCAGAUGCCCUUAUUGUUACAUACCUUUUGAAUAAUGACAAUGCAACAGCAGCUAAGGCUCUACUUUGGGAGAAGGAAUUUUUGAAUAUUGCUGCUAAGCCUCGUGACCAUGUCCUUGUCUAUAGAUCCGCUGAGAGAUCUGUUCAAGAUGAAAUUUCUGACGAAACUGGAGAUAUUUAUACUGUGCUAAUCAGCUAUGCUGCUAUGUUUGUAUAUGUGGCCAUUUCAUUGGGACAAAUUCAUCCUGUCAAGUCAAGAAUUGUGAUGGGUUUGUGUGGAGUUAUCAUUGUGAUUAUGUCCGUUGUGAUUUCUGCAGGUAUUUGUGGUUUGUGUGGUGUGCCUGCUACGCUAAUUAUCAUGGAAGUCAUGCCGUUCCUCAUUCUUGCGAUCGGUGUUGAUAACAUGUUCAUUAUGGCCAACCAUUUAGAUCAAGUAACAAAGCUUAAAAAGAAUCAAAAUCUCACAAUUGCUCAAAUCAUGGGAGAAACACUAGGAACUGUGGGCUCUUCCAUGACAUUGGCUUCAAUUUCUGAGUUUUUAGCGUUUAUGUUGGGUAGCUUGACUAAGAUGCCUGCUGUGCAAGCAUUUUGUAUUUAUUCAGGAGUAGCUAUCAUCGUCAACUUUGUGCUACAAGUCACUUGCUUCUCUGCAUUACUGUCAUUAGAUUUGAGAAGAAAAUUAGGUAAUAGACUAGAACUAGAACCAACUGUUGUUGUGACCUCCCCAUUCUUGAGAAAAGAUUGGAUCAGUAUUGCUGGUUUUAUUAGACUUUUGAUGAAGAAAACUAUUGCUCCACUUGUAACGUUUAUUCCAUUGAGCUUAUUGCUGAUUGUUAUUUUCUUAGGUCUUUCAGGCGCUUCUAUUUAUGCAUCAUUUUUCUUAAGCCAAGGUUUGGAUCAAAUAACAGCACUACCAACUGGAUCCUAUUUGGGAGAAUAUUAUUUAAUGCAAAGAACUUACUUGGAUUUAGGUCCUCCUAUCUACUACGUCACAGGAAAAAUUAAUUAUACAGACCCUAAGGUGCAAGAUCAAAUGUCAAAGAUGGUCAACAUUGUGGCAGAAACUGAAUAUCUAGACAGAGGCAGCAUUUUAUUUUAUUACGCUGACUUUAAGCAAUGGGUAUUAACAAUUGAGUGUUCAAACAAGAACGUAUCAGCAACUUCAUAUGUACCUCCUGAACAUUACAUUGAAUGGCUCCAAGAAUUCCUUGGUCAGCAAGAAUGUUGUUCAUUCCGUGGUCAAACAACCCCUCUUUGUGGAUUCCAAUACAAGAACGAUGUAAAAUUCUCUGCUGAUGGAAAAUCUAUAGAAGCAGCCAGGUUAAUGACUCAAACCAAAACUCUGAUUACUCAAGAAGAUUUUAUUAAUAGUAUGAAAUCAGCUUAUUACACAUCGGACUAUCUGGCCAAUCCAAAGAAGUAUUUACCUCCAAGUCAAUGGGACAACAAUAUUCCACUAUCCACUUUCCCAUAUAGCAUCUACUAUAUUUACUUUGCUCAGUACUUGUAUUUACCAGAAGUUUCUGCAACGAAUAUUAUGAUUGCCAGUGGUGCAGUAUUUUUGACGACUUUAAUCUUAUUGGGAUCUCCUGUUGCCUCUAUUUAUGUAUUAGUUUGUAUUUUCAUGAUUUUGUCAAACUUGUUAGGAAUCAUGUCUGUGUGGGGUAUAUAUGUGAAUGCUCUCUCUGUUGUCAACUUGGUCAUGUCUAUUGGAAUUAGUGUUGAAUUUUGUGUACAUAUUACUCGAGCAUUUAUGAGAGCUAAAGGUACUCACAAAGAGAGAGUCAAGAAAGCAAUGAUUGGAAUGGGCUCUUCAGUAUUAUCUGGUAUUACAUUUACCAAAUUUAUUGGAGUGGUUGUUCUUGCCUUCUCACAUUCUGAAAUUUUCCGAAUUUACUAUUUCAAAAUGUAUUUGAGCAUUGUAGUUUCUGGUGCCCUACAUGGACUGCUUUUCUUACCUGCCUUAUUAACAAUUGCAGGCCCUAGUCAAGAUCCUGUUUCUGCACUUAAGGGUGAAGAAGACGAAGAAGAAGAUGAGGAAGAUGCUGCUGAAAUUGACAUUGCAGGUUCUGGACGAAGCGGAUUUGUUAAUCCACAACAUUUAGAUGAAGAGGAGCAAACAUCUCCAAUUAAUUACUCUAAGUAA